CUCCCAUGUUCUCUCUCAAGGGUCCACCAGAAGAGAAAAAGCAGGCAACCACGACCUACGACUCUGCUCUAUAAUUAUCCUUCAACAAGAAGCAAACAUCCUCUACUUAUUCUUCUCCUUCUUCUUCACUCUCCUUUUCCAUUAUGGAACAAGACGGCAAGUUUUGGCUGCCUGCUGAGUUUUUGGAUGAAGAAGAAGAAGUUGUGGUUAUGGAUGGAAGAAAGGUGCAGUCUGGUUUGACUUCUCCCGAGACCGAGAGUGAUGAAGAAGAUUACCUUAACGAGCUAUCGAGAAAGCUUGCUCGCUCUGCUCUUGAAGAUGAUUUAUGGAAAACGCAAUCAGAAUCCAAGUCGUCGAGUAGGGUUAUGGCGGGGUCGCCGCAAUCAACACUAUGUGGUAACCUUGUUUCAAGCAGAGGAAGCUCUAACUGCCCUUCGCCAUUGAGUCGUCAAGUGGAGUCGUCUUGGGAUGUUCUGUGUGCUGCCGCAGGUGAGAUUGCGAGGUUGAGACUCAUGGAAGAUGCUCCUUUCAAACUCCAACCACCUCCGAGCCCUAACCCUCCUCACUUUCACCAAAUUCAAGCUGCUGCUCAACUGAAGAAGCAACAGCAGCAGCAGUACCAGCAAUUGGUUCGGGGAAUGAAGGCGCCGUUAGCUGCUUGGCCAACCCUACAACAAUCUCAGCCGCCAUCUGGUUCGGGUAUGAGGGCUGUUUUUCUUGGUAACCCUAACCGGAAACGAGAAUGUAUUGGUACUGGUGUGUUCUUGCCUCGACAAGUCGGAGCCCCCACCGAGUCCCGCAAGAAAAGAGGAUGUUCGACUGUGUUGCUUCCCGAUAGAGUUGUACAUGCUUUGAAUCUGAAUCUCCAACAGCAGACUCGGUCUUCUACUGGUGGACUAGCCCGUCAUGACUACGACGCAGAAAUGAGAUACCGAAACAAUGUGUUGAUGGCGGAGCAGAGGCGGCAACAGGCGGAGAUCGAUCUCCGGCUACCGCAGGAGUGGACGUAUUGACUAGGGGGUUUGGAUUAUUAGGAUAGGGUAGAAGAAGGGGGGAAGGAAUAAUGUUGUGGAGUAGAAAGAUGGCAACAACAAAAUGGUCGGCUUUUGUUAUAUGAUAUGAUAUUUUUGUUUGGGGGUGGAGUGAUGAAAGAAAUAACAAGGGUUUUUAUUGUUAUAUUAUUUAUUUAUUAAAUUAAUAAUAUUUUGAUAUAUGAGUUGACA